AUGAACGAUCGGGAAAGGAAGCGAGGCCCAGAUGAUGCGUUGAAUCAAUUGUUCGACCGUCUGAUCAGCGACGAGGACCGAACAACAGCAGGAGCCGGAAAACCCGUCGACGCCAUCGGCGCCGAGUCGGCCCAAGCCUACAUCUCCUCCAUGGGCGCCAACAUUGAGAAUUUCGAAGCUUUCGUGGUCCUCGAAAUCGUCCGUGCCGACUCCAUCGGCCAAAUCUCACGCCAAGGUUUCGUCGAAGGCUGGACCGCCGUCUACCUCGAGCAACGCAUCCCCGCCGACCCGACCGCCCACAGGAACUACGUCCAGAUGUGCAUUCAGAACCUGCCGCAAAAUCCGGCCUACUUCAAAAAGGUCUACCAGUUCGCUUUCGGCCUGGGUAAGGCGGAACCUGCCCAAAAGGCGCUGGAGAAGGAUGUCGCCUUGGUAUUCUGGGAUUUGUUCUUGGGUACCGCCGAGUCUUCAGAUACGGGAGUACCGGGACCACGGCCGUGGAAGAGCCAGAACGUGGAUUGGCUGGGCGCAUGGAAGCGGUUUUUGGCAGAAAAGUGGACGAGGAGCGUCAACAAGGAUAUGUGGAACCAGACGCUGGCAUUUGCGGAGAAGACGCUGGUGGAUGAGACGUUGGGCUUUUGGAACGAGGAUCAGGCGUGGCCCGGCGUGAUUGACGAUUUCGUGCUCUGGUGUCGGGAGGAGGGGAUUGCUAAGGCGCCUGCUCCCGGGACAGCAGGUGGAGGGGAGGGUAUGGAUGUUGAGGAUUACUAG